AUGGCUCUUCGUGGGAAGCUAGAGGUUGACAUUGAACUGAAGUCUAAUGCAGACAAGUACUGGCAAACCAUAAGGGAUUCUACAACUAUAUUCCCUAAGGCCUUUCCACAUGACUACAAAAGCAUUGAUGUUCUUGAAGGCGAUGGUAAAGCUCCUGGUUCUGUCCGCCAUUUCCAUUACGCUGAAGGCUCGCAGCUAGCAAAAUCGUCGAAAGAAAAGAUUGAGGCUGCUGAUGAUGAAAAGAAGACGGUAACAUAUUCUAUCAUUGAAGGAGAUCUUCUCCAGUACUACACAAAAUUCUUGGGACACAUAACUGUUAUACCAAUUGGAGAAGGAUGUGAGGUGAAAUGGACUGCUGAAUAUGUCAAAACUAAGACUGAUAUUCCAGAUCCAACUAUCGUCAAAGAUUUUGCUGUCAAGAAUUUCCUUGAGGUGGAUGACUAUGUUCAAACACUUGCAUAG